AUGGCCAUUCGCCAAGAAUACUUCUGGCCAUCACUUCACACCGAUGCCCAAGCCUUCACCCAGAAGUGCGAUAAGUGCCAACGGUUUGCCAAAAUUCCACAACUUCCAGCUGAACCGUUGACAGCCGUGGUCAGUCCUUGGCCAUUUGCCCAAUGGGGACUUGACCUCAUUGAACCUGUGCCUAAGGGAAAGGGUCAUGUCAAGUAUGCAGUUGUAGCUGUGGACUACUUCACCAAGUGGGUUAAAGCUGAAGCCUUAGCUACCAUCACUGCAGCUCGAAUCGAAACGUUCGUCUGGCAGAAUAUCAUAUGUCACUUUGGCAUCCCCUACACAAUCGUCACAGACAACGGCCGACAAUUUGACAAUGCAAAGUUCAAGCAAUUUUGUUCCAACCUUAAGAUACGUCUUUGCUUUGCCUUCCCAGCCCAUCCUCAAUCUAAUGGCCAGGUCGAAGCUGUAAACAAAAUCAUUAAGAAGACCCUGAAAACCAAGCUUGACAAAGCCAAGGGUUGCUGGCCAGAGCUACUCCCAGAGGUUCUCUGGUCCUAUCACACUACCUUUCGUACCUCAACAGGAGAGACAUCGUUCUCCCUUUCCUUUGGUACCGAAGCCGUGGCACCAGUGGAGAUUGACAAGCCUACAUACCGAACCUCCACUUAUGAUGCCGAAGUCAAUGAUGAGUAG